AUGAGGGAAUUUGAGUUGCAAAGGAUGAAAGAGUCUGAGACAGUCAAGGAUUACACAGACAAAUUAUUGGGUAUUGCCAACAAGAUAAGGUUGUUGGGUGAUGAUUUUGCUGAUUCCAGAAUAGUUGAAAAAAUUUUGGUAACGGUGUCGGAGAGGUAUGAAGCAUCUAUAGUCUCAUUGGAGAACACAAAGGAUCUAUCUAAGAUCACAUUGGCAGAAGUGGUACAUGCCUUGCAAGCCCAAGAACAGCGAAGGCUGAUGAGAGAAGAUCGUGUGGUUGAAGGUGCACUUCAAGCCAAGCAUCAUGACUUUGGGAACAACAAAAAGAAAAAUUUCAAGAAGAACCAGCCAGCAAGCAACGAAAAUGAUGCAAACAACCAAAACAAAGGUAAGGGAAAAAGGAAAAAUUACCCACUUUGUCAGCAUUGCGGAAAAAUGGGUCACCCACCAUUCAAGUGUUGGAGAAGACCAAAUGCAAAGUGCAGUAAGUGCAAUCAGCUUGGACACGAAGCUGUAAUUUGUAAAAGCAAAUUUCAGCAACCUGAAGCCAAUGCCCAAGUUGUGGAGCAAGAUGAAGAAGAUCACAUUUUUGCUGCAACGUGUUUUUCUAUGGCGAGUAAUUUCGAGUGUUGGUUGAUUGAUAGCGGUUGUACAAAUCACAUGACAUAUGACAAGUCUACUUUCAAGGAUUUGAAGCCUAUUGAUGUCUUGAAGAUCAAGAUUGGGAACGGUGAUUAUAUUCAAGCAAAAGGAAAAGGAACUAUAUCGAUUUCAACAAGUUCAGGUGCAAAACUUAUCUCAGAUGUUCUUUAUGUACCUGAAAUCGACCAAAACUUGCUAAGUGUAGGUCAGUUGCUUGAAAAGGGAUUUAAAUUGUUCUUUGAACAUAAACAUUGUCUUAUUCAUGACAUUGCUGGCUGGGACAUUAUAAGGGUUAAAUUGAGAAAUAUAAGCUUCUCGUUUGAUCCAACAAAUGAGGAAUUUGCAGCCUAUUACACUCAAGUUAAGCAUGACAAACUUGACAAGAAAACAAUUUCAGGCAUCUUUGUGGGCUAUAGUUCAGCUUCAAAAGCCUACAAAGUCUAUCAUCCUCAAACUAAAAAGAUGACAGUCACUAGAGAUGUGCACUUCAAUGAAGCAAUUUAUGAACCUGCUAGCUGUGAGGAAGCACUAAAAGAUCCAAAAUGGAAAAUUGCAAUGGGGGAGGAGAUGUCUAUGAUACACAAAAACAAAACAUGGGAGCUAGUUGAAAGGCCUGAAGAUAGGAAAGUCAUUAGAGUUAAAUGGGUUUUCAGAAUAAAGCUUAAUGCAAAUUGCUCAAUCAACAAGCACAAGGCCAGACUCGUAAUUAAAGGGUAUGCACAAAUUUUUGGUGUUGAUUAUUCUGACACUUUUGCUCCUGUGUCCAUAUUAGAUACAAUUAGAUUGGUGCUAGCAGUGGCUGCACAAAAUGGCUGA